AUGCCAAAAACGGCCCAAGCACGCAAAAAAGCUUUGCAACCAAUCGGUUUCCGUGCUCAACCAAUACUCAUCGAUGGUCGUGGCCAUUUAAUUGGUCGUUUGGCAGCUACAGUGGCUAAGACCAUUCUUCAAGGUCACAAUGUUGUCAUUGUACGAUGCGAAGGUCUUAAUAUCAGUGGCUCAUUCUAUCGUAACAAACUCAAAUACUUGGAAUUUCUUCGCAAACGCUGUAACAUCAAUCCAUCACGUGGUCCAUUUCAUUUCCGUGCACCAUCGAAAAUCUUCUCACGUAUCGUACGUGGAAUGGUGCCACACAAAACUGAACGUGGUAAACAGGCCUUAGCUCGUCUUCGUACAUUUGAAGGUGUUCCAACACCGUACGAUAAGAAGAAACGUGUGAUCGUUCCAAGCGCUUUACGUACAUUACGUUUGAAACCACGUCGCCGUUUCACUGAACUUGGCCGUCUCUCAACUGAAGUCGGUUGGCAAUACGAAACUGUCGUUGCCACGUUAGAAAAGAAGAGAAAAAUAAAGGCUAAACAUUACUAUCUCCGACAACGUGAAUUAAAGAAAUUGAAAACUAGCGCCAAAACAAAAUUAGCAUCCAAACCACAAGUUGCUAAACAUCUUGCCGUACUUCAAAAAUAUGGUUAUCAACUCUAA